CAUAUUGUACUGUACUUUCCCCUCCAAUUGUGAAAGCAUGAGUUUCGUUUGAAAAGGCAUCCUUCAUCAUGAAUGCGCAACCAAAGUCAGGCGUGGUUUUGGCCGCUCGCUAUGCCGUGCCCUUUUGUUUGCUGUUGAUCCCCAUCUGGCUGAGCAGGAUCAAUGCUCACGUCCCCGAACCAUAUCUGGACGAAGCGUUCCACGUUCCUCAAGCGCAGGCUUACUGGGCUCACAAAUGGACGCAUUGGGAUCCUAAAAUCACCACUCCUCCGGGGCUGUAUCUCUGGUCCUAUGGGCUGUGCGCGGUUCUUCUGUUCCUUCGUGGUGCUCCUACGGAGCUUACCCCGGAAGUGCUGCGUGCGACCAACGUGGCAGCUACUGCCAUUGCGCUACCGUAUCGCUUGCAGACGUUGUUGGAUAGAUUGCGCAAGACUCGCAAUACACGUCCCUCUGGGGCUUGGCUCAGCCAUACGGUGCUGAACAUCUGCCUCUUCCCGCCCAUUUUCUUCUUUUCUGGGCUUUACUACACCGAUAUUCUUGCCUUGCUAGUGGUUGUUGAAGCAUACAACUGGGACCUCAAACGUUCCGCAGACGGCGCGUGGGCUCCACUCAAGACCGGGGCUUUCAUUCUCCUCGGACUGGUAGCUUUGGCGUUUAGACAGACGAACAUUUUCUGGGGAGCCAUUUUUCUAGGUGGACUGCAGGUUAUCCGGCAGCUGAGACUGAUAUCUAAGCCGUGCCGGUCGUCGGGUCUCGCGGGCAUUGCUCGACAGGGAUGGCAGAAUGAGCUGUACGACCCUCUCGUCUCGGAGGCUUCUAUUGAAGACUAUUUCAAAACCUCUAUUUCACUGCUAACGGUCGCCGUGGGUAAUCUCGGCACCGUGAUCUGUACUUCAAUUCCCUACCUCCUCAUCCUCGCCGGAUUUGGUUCAUUCGUCUUCUGGAAUGAUGGUGUUGUCCUAGGGCACAAGGAAUUCCACACUGCCGGCAUUCAUCUGCCGCAGAUGCUCUACAUCUGGCCCUACAUUGUGUUUUUCUCCUGGCCACUACUCCUCGGACCUGUCAUCAACUUGGCUCUUCCCAAGUCCUUCCUUCCAAAGUUCAUCGAUUUCGGUUUCUCCAAGAGACAGAAGGGACUCCCAAAGCUGCUGACAGCACUUAUUGUGAUUCCAACUAUGCUAGUCGUUGUCCACUUCAACACCAUUGUGCAUCCUUUCACGCUGGCUGACAACCGCCAUUACGUCUUCUACGCUUUCCGGAUCCUCCUACGAACCCAUCCAGCGGUCAAGUACGCCGCUGUUGUCGUCUACUUCCUUUGCGCAUGGAUGGUAAUCUCUGCCCUCGGUUUCUCCACUGCCCCUCAGCCGCCCCAGAUGAGGCAGAUUUCGCAACCUGCAGCCUGGCAGUACCCGGAGCAGCAGAAAGAGCCGACCCAGAAGAAGGUGGAGCGCAAGCAGAAGACAGCAAAGAAGGCUGUCAAGGCAUCUAAGCCGGCGGCACCCAAGCUGGAGCCCAUUUCCGAGGAGGCAUUCGCCAGGAUCCAAGCCCACCUCAUUCAGCGCCAGAAGCAACAGCAAGGGGCGCCGCAGGUGAGCUUUGUGCUCGUCUGGCUCGCGGCCACGGCGUUGUCUCUCAUCACUGCUCCUCUGGUUGAGCCACGAUACUUCAUCAUUCCGUGGGUUAUGUGGCGUCUUCACCUUCCGCCGCAGCCGACGCCGUUGGUGCACCGGCGUCCCCAGACUGCUAUUGAUGAACUCAACGCAAAGAUGGCUACCAACUUUCCGUUGUUCUUGGAGACCUACUGGUUCUUGGUUAUCAACGCGGUGACCGGAUACAUUUUCUUGUACUGUGGGUUCGAAUGGCCGCAGGAACCAGGCAAGAUCCAGCGGUUCAUGUGGUGAGACUGGGGCUUGGUUGAGAUUGUAUAGUAUAUAGAAUCUAUGUAAAAUAGUGUAUUAU